AGUGUAUGGAUUAUUUAUUUAAUACAAAUUUAAAGAAAGUUGAAUAAGCAUCGCAGCUUCAAGAUGUGUCUAUAAUUUGCUGUACCAUCAGUACUUGUUAAAUGACGACUUUUCAAACUUUAUGCAAAUUUCAUAUUAUCUGAUAAAUAAUUUAUGUUAAUUCAUUAAUGCUCAUCGCUCGCGCUGUAUAACUGACUGUUGAAAUUUGAAUGAAACUCCGUAGUGAGCGUGCGCAUCGGAUCCUUGCCCAUUCGUCGUUAUAAACUUUUCAAAAGGCAUCACGUCACGACUCGCUACUCGCCCGUUCAUGCUGUGUAGCCGGCCGCGUAUAUGAUUCGUGUACACAUAAAAUAGUGAUAGCGUGGGUGUGAAACUGUGCGUUGUCAAGCAUUUCAAAAUCAGUACUUGUGCGAACUGUGUUGAAUAAUUUGUUUACUGCAAGGAUGAAAGUCAAGAAGAGCGGAGAGAAGAGCAAAUCCGCUGUGCUCAAAACGGUGUCUAGGAUCAUAAUAAAGAAAAAAAAUAAGGCAGUAAAAAACAAUGACGAAGAAGAGUUAGUUGAAAAAACUGAAGAGACAGAAGUAAAACCAUAUACUAGGGGUCUCAUUUAUAUUGGCCACUUACCUCAUGGGUUCUUCGAGGAAGAAAUGAGGGAUUAUUUUAGUCAGUUUGGAAUUGUCACAAGAGUGCGAAUCGCUAGAUCUAAGAAGACUGGGAAGUCGAAAGGAUAUGGCUAUAUUGAAUUUCAAGAUCCAGCAGUGGCAGAAGUUACUGCUAAAACAAUGAAUGGUUAUUAUAUGUGUGGCCGGAAUUUAAAAGCCAGAUAUAUUCCGAGUGAGAAUGUUCACAAAGGCUUUUUUAGUGGCAAAGCAUGGUCAGAAACAUUUCACCCUAAAAUAAAUCAUAGGGUGAAAGCCUUGAAGAAACAAGACUUACCUCAAUCAGAGGAAAAAUAUAAAAAAAAUAUGAAAAGGAAAAUGGGACAGUUGUCUGCAAUCGAAGAGAAACUAAAAAAAGCAGGUGUAAAAAUUUCAUUAAAAAAUGUUGUGGUUCAUAAACCCCUAUAGUUUAGUAUUGUUCUAGUUAUUACUCAAGCAUUAAGAAAUGAAUAGUUUUAUGUAAAUAUAUUAAAAGAUAAUACAAAUAAUAUUUUUGAAGUAUAUAAUGCAAAAAAUGUUUUAUAAAACAGUUAAAUGUUAUAAAUCAAUUGUAUCCAAGUUAGUCAGGUCUUAGACUUGAUAGCUAAAUGUAUUAAGAUUAUAAUGUUUUUAAUUCUGUUAUUGUCUUUGAUAACUUGUUGAAAAACAUAAUUGUAAAAUAAAUUACUUUUAAAUUACCUACUAAGAAAUAU